GCCUGCUCCACCCCUACGGAACAAUCUCACCAUACAAAAAUGGCUAGGGAGGGAGAUGGGACUGUCGUGGUUCGUAAAAUGUACACGGAGGAGGAAAAGAAACAGAUAAAUUCAUUGAUGGAUGCAUGUUUUAGCGAUGGCAUAGUCCCAAGUGGAUUGAAUAUCGCAAGUGGAUUGAAUAUCGGAGUUCCCACCUUGACCGAUGACCUGGCAAGAUUUGAUUUAAGUGAGGAAUUCUCCGAAUACAAUGUGCAGUGGCUUAAGAAACACGCUGUCACCAUCUUGUUCCUCAAUGAUGUCGCCGUCCUCUCCAACAGACUCAAGAAACAGUUGACAGAUGAAUGUUGUCCCGUUAAGGCAGAAGUAGAGCAUGACCCUUCUAACGAGGAGGUGAAAAAAAUCACUCCGUCGGAACCUCCUUCCUUAGGUUUCAUGCCGAUGGAGGAAAGACCGCCGUUGACAGGGUUUCGUCGUUUUUUCCCACAGGGAGACAAGCACAAGAGGAACCGCAAUUGGAAUCAGCAGGCGAGAAGAGGAAACGAGGGAACAACGAGUUCUGCAGACAGCAGAACGACAGGUGGCAGCAGAAGACGAGGAGGAAAAGGGAAUGAGGCAAAGGAAGGCCAAAAAGGGACACGGGAAAAGGGGAGAAGAGAACCAUCUGAAGAAGACAUGAAGGAGGAACUGGAAGAGGACGAAGAGGAGGAUGGGGAGUCUACCUCUAAGCUGGCUAAUCGAGCAGCAGAUUUAUUGGCGAGGGGUAAGAAGAACAAGAAAGGAAAAUCCCAGGAGGGUCGAAACGCCCGAAAAUGGGUACUAAGGACUGUCGGGGAUGGGGAUGGUUCAGAAGAAGAAGGAAUGGAGAGUGAGAAGAGUUCGGGAGCUGGGAAAAUGGAUGGACACCAUGGAUUGCUAGAUGCAGGCCCUGUGAUAACCUUAGGGGUGGAAGAUCAGAAUAUUCCAAAGCUUUUGGUUCCUCUAAUCCUUGCAAAUGCCAAAGAAGGGAUAAUCAUAAUGUCCUGUCUACUCUCGGACGGAACAAUGGAGCUUCCUACAAUGGAAGCGGAUGAAACUUUGACUGAGUCAGAGGUCAUUUCCAAAGUUAAAAGACUGGUUCCAGCAUGUCUGAAUCUUCGAAUUAUCCCCUCGCUUCGUGUCGGAGUUGAUAUUGCCCAGGAUCUUACAGGACGAAGGGUCAGACUGUACUACGUGUUCUUGGAUGCACGAAUGACUAAUCAGAUCAAGCAACAGUUGGAGUCCCUUGAUAAAGGGUGGUUCCCACUGUCGUGCCUGAAAUCACCAUUGAACGAAGGACUAGAUAGUAUCACAUUUAAAAUUUGGUUCACUGCCCGCACAAUAGCAAAGUGGCUAUUUCACUCUGGCCAGAGGCAAGUAAUGUUUGACAGAUCCCUUGUGGAUACAUUGAGAAUGUCGUGGGAAGAGACGGGGGGAAGUGAGACGGAAGGCAUCAGGAGAAGAAAGAAAGGAGAAAAGGAGGCAAAGGAUGACGGCCGAAUCCAAAGCAUUCACGGCGGGGCAGUAGGUAAUGCCUCUUAGAGGCAAACUCCGCGUUGCAACAUGGAACGUUCGCGGAUUAUGUGACACCGGGAAAAAAACAGAGAAGGAACAGACUAAAAUCUUGGCUUCAUGA